AUGCCGACAGAAAACGUCAUCCUCUCGUCGCCAACCGUAUGGGAAUCUUGGAUUCAAAUUAUCCAGGCAAAGGCCGAACGAAAGGGAAUCUGGGGCAUCAUCGAUCCAUCAAAAACAGAUGCACAUGCCGAUGAAAUGCUUCCAGAACCUACAAAGCCCGCGCCCCCAGCAGCUGACGACAGUACGUUCGCCGCGCAAAUGACCUGGAAGAUGACAUAUGAUGAAUACAAGGACAACAAGGUCCUAUUCGACAAGCAGAAGGAAUCACUGCAGGACCUACGUAUUUUCAUCCUACAAACUGUAGAUACGAAAUACACCACGUAUACCUACGGCAUCUCAUCAGCACGCGAUCUACUUGCUAAGCUCAAGAAAUCCAUCGCGCCAUCAGACGAAGCACGCCGGAACGAAAUCUACAACCUGUGGCAGAAGCAGAAGCACUACCCCGCUGAGCGGACUAUAGAAAAAUGGCUAAUGGACUGGGAAACGUUGUACAGUGAUGCAUCAAGACUACAGCUGCCUGAGGCCAUCGGCAACCGUGCCCAAAUUGACUUUCUACUGUCCCUAAUGGGAAAACAUCCAGAAUUUGCAGGCUACUGGCGCCAGGAGAUGAUACGCCGAACGGAUGCCAAAGAAUCAGCACCUAGCCUAGCAGAUCUAGUCAGCAAGUUUCGAAUGCAGCGGCACGAGAAACUAGCGUCCCAGGGCAAGGACUCCCACUCGGCCUAUGCCACUACGUUGCAGGGCCAGGAAAUCAAACCAAAAACCAAUUCCCCUAGGGCCCUGACGCCGUGCCUAUGCGGAGAAACCCAUCUAUGGCGUAACUGCCCGUAUAUCUGUGCCAAAAAACGUCCUACGGGCUGGCAGAUGGAUACAGGAAUUCAGGGAAAAGUGAAAAAAGCACUUGAGCAACAGCAUCCAAAGAACCAGGAGCGGAUUCGAAAGAUGCAGGAGGAAUUUAAGGGCCCUACUCCUGGGGCUAUCUCUGCAUUCGCAGUUGCAUUCUCAGCACCAGAUCGUUCCUCUACUCCACCAGCUUUGUUUUCAACGGCCCCACCGUAUCAGCUACGGAAUUCUGUUAUCCUGGAUUCAGGUGCUACAACGCACGUGUUCAAUGCUGCGCAUUGGUUUACGGGCAAUAUUGAACAAACAGACAUUGCGUGCUACACAGGAAAGGGUGUAGAAUCUAUCACGGGAUUCGGGACAGCAAAAAUCGCACUAGAAAGCUCAAAUGGCAUACACUACGCCAUGCUUUCCGAUUCCGCCUAUAUU